GUCUGGGGUUCUUUGCUCCAUUUGUGCAUGUCCUAUCAGCCUGUGCUGCUUUCUCCAGGCAGAACCUGAGUUACUUCUCUGUGUUUGGCCGGUAUCAACAGUGGGUUGGAGUUGGAAAGAAGUGAGGUGUGUCUGGAGAUAAAGUAUUGUAUCCUAAAUCUCCAUUGCAUUAUGAAAAUGCAGGGAGAUUUUCUCCUGGGGGUUUGGUCUUGUUCCUGGAAGUCUGGAAUUAGAAGUCUGCUUCUUUAGUGAAGUCAUCAUGAGAGGCAGGGAGAUGUUGGGCUGGAUCUGUUAGGAUGAACGAACUGUCUAGCCCAAUCUGGUAAGACUCUUCUCAUCUGGUCUUUAAGCACUGCCAUGUCCCCUUGAGUUGUUGUUUGUCUGUGUGCCGGGAGGGAGCACAGCCUGCAGCAGCUUUCUAAGCUGGUGGGAUCCUGAAAUGUUGACAUGCUCUUGAGGCCUUCCUGGUACUGUUUUUUUCUUUUUCUUAAUUGGCACAAAUUCUUUUAAAGUCUGGACUGCUGUUAGAAAAGAACAACUCUCUUUUAGUAAAAAGAAUGUUCUUUUUAAGUUAGUUUUAGUCCAGCCUAACAAAGCUGUUUCUCAGACUAUCCAGUUGCUGCAUAGAGGAUGACUGAGGGGAGCAUCCUUCAGCUGGUGUGAAAAAAAGCACUGGGGUGAGGCCUGUGUGACAUCCUAGUUGGAGAGAUUGCACCACCUUCUGGUUGAAGGCAGAGCAGCAGGUAUCUUGGAAUCCUUAGACCCUGAGAAAAUUCUCAGAUCAUAGGCUUGUUUCGUAGAACUUUGGUUUAGAGCCAGUGCUGGCAUUCUGCAGCAUGAGUAAGGUUUGGAAUGUGUGGAAUUAGCAUGUAUUUUUGUAGAACUACAGUAUGUCUUCAGGCAAAGUUUGAAUACAAGAAUAGCUGGAACCUGAGCUAAGUGACUAUACCCUUCAGAGUAGGAGCAAAAAUUUUGUUGACUUUUUUUUUUUUUUUUUUGGUUUUUGAGACAGGGUUUCUCUGUGUAGUCUUGGCUGUUUCUGCCUCCCAAGUGCUGGGAUUGAAGGUGUGCGCCACCACUGCUCGUCUUGUUGAGCCUUUAUACAGGGCUAUAGUUACCUCCUGAAACCCUUAUGAACAGAGAUGGUUUUGAGGGUAUGGAGAGGUUGUUGCUGUUCUGUUUUGACAUAAAGUGUUCUCACUGUGAGCACCUAGUAGCAUCCUCACAAGCAUGAGGUAAUAAUACCUGCUAUGUCUCUUUUUAGCUUGACUGUAACUAAAUCUUCUUUAAAGGAGGGAAACUUAGAAGCCAAAGAGUAAAAACCGUGCCUCUCAGUUGAAGAUGUGGCAAUAGAGGAGACUAAUGGAAUGGUAGCUUUCCUGAUCAGCCCACUGGAAAGCAUUCUUUUCUCCCUGUUUCCAGAUGCUCUGUGCUGAGGGUGUGACUGUCUGGCAGAUUGCUUGGCAUGCAGGCAGGAGGCGCCAUACCUAAGACUACAAACAUACCUUCUUUAAUUGUAAAAUUGUAUUUAUUUUAUGUAUAUGGGUGUUUUGUUUGUAUAUAUGUCUGUGCAUGCCCACCCAGAAGAGGGUGUUGGGUUCCCUGGGACCAGAGUUACAGAUGGUUGUGAGGCCUGGUGUGGGUGCUGGGAAUUGAACCUGGAUCUACAAGUGCAGUCAGCCCUCUUAACAGAUGAGCAAUCUUUUCAGCUUUACAAACAAUUUUUUUUAAUUAAAAUGCACGCUUAUGGAAGUAGAAAAAAUGUAGUAAAGAAUUACCACACAUCUAACAUCUAGUUUAAGAAUUAACCCAUAAUAAUCAUAAUUUCAUUUAUAACAUAUUCACUCCUCAAACCUCAGCUCAGAUCUUGUAUAAUUUUUCUGUAAAUAUUUUGGUGUGUAUCUCUGAAAGAUUGGGUCCUUUUAUUUAAGAAAGGCACAAUAAGUUCAUGUUGUAAAUUUUAAUACUUCAUAAAAUCAUCACAUGUCUGAUCAAUGCUAUGAUGUAUCUAGUGAACUCGCUUGUUAAAAAUAAGUUUCAUUUGGCUUAGAAUCCAAAAUAGGUCUACAUAUGUAUUGCAUCAAGUCUGACUUUCCCCUGUACAAUUUGUUAAAGAAUUGAGGAUGUUUAUUAAGAUGUUGAUAGCAUCCCUUGGGGCUCUUCUAACAACGUCCUGUAUUCCUGUUGCCUGUAAAUUGCUAGCAUAACUUGGGGAUCUGAACUUGAGGUCCAGUGACAUCAGCUUGAGAACAUUCUCACUCACACUCCCCUCUUUCUCUCUCUUUGUCCACUUCCCUCUUUCCCCAUCCCCCCUCUUUUUUUUUCUCUCUCUCCCCUUUUUCCUUCUCUACUGAGACAGAGUCUCUCUUUGUAGCUCUGGAUGUUUGUCCUGGAACUCUUUAUACAGACCAAGCUGGCCUUGAUCUCCCAGAGGUCUCCCCGCUUCUUACUCCUGAGUGCCAGGAUUAAAGGAGUCUCCACUAUGCCUGGCAAUAGUAAUUUAAUUAUUCCCCUCUACACACAUAUACAUGUAUGUAUAUGCUGUAUGUAAUAUACAUACAAAAAACCACCAGUGUCCCUGCAAGCAUGUACCCCAGCACUGGGCUUCCUCGAUUUAACAUGAUGUUCAGCUUCAGCUGUGUUGCAGCAUGAAUCAGCUUUACUGCUAUUUAGUGUAUCGUUAGAGGGCAAGCUGUAGGUGCUAUCUGUUUUCUUCAUAAGUAGAUGGGCAUUUGGGUUCCCCCCACUUUGGGUGUGGGACUAUGAUAAAUAAUGAUGUGUCUUAAUUUUUUCACUUCUACUUUUAAAAGUGAAUGUAUGUGCAUUCACACUCAGGCUGCAGUGUGUAUGGAGGUCGGACUACUUUCAGGAGACCAUUCUCUCCUUCUAGCCUAUGGGCUCCGGGUCUUCUGGCCUAGCAGCACUCACCUUUAACCACUGAGUUGCCUCACACUGUGGAGAUAAUGCUCCCCCCCCCCUUAAAGAUUUAUUUAUUUAUUAUAUGUAAGUACACUGUAGCUGUCUUCAGACACACCAGAAGAGGGUGUCAGAUCUCAUUAUGGAUGGUUGUGAGCCACCAUGUGGGUGCUGAGAUUUGAACUCAGGGCCGUCGGAAGAGCAGUCAGUGCUCAAAACCACUGAGCCAUCUCUCCAGCCCACAUCUCUCUUUAAAAAACAAAACAACCUUUAUUGACUUUUUAUACAGUAUAUUUUGAUUGUAUUAUUUUUUCCUCCCCCAGCUUCUCCAAGAUUCCCCUUACUUCUCCCUCCAUGAAACUUCGUGUCCUUUUCUCUCAGUUUCUCUCAGAACAAACAAAUAAAACAAAUGAAAAAGACAAAACAAAACCUCACAUACACAUAACAAACAAGGAUUCCAUUUGUGUUGGCCAACUGCUCCUGAGCGUGGAACCUGCCCUGCAGUGUGGGUGAUGUACAUGCCCAGAAAGCUGAUGUGUUUUCCCUCUCUAGCAGGUAUAGUUGCAGACAGCUUCUUGGUUAAGGGUGGAACUUUGUGCUUGCUUCCCCUUCUCCAUGCUAGUGAUGUGUCUGGCUUGAGCUUUGAAGAUUGAUUUUUCUUGUCUAUAUACUCAUUAGAUGUUCUCAUCAAGCUUACAGCAUGCAGGAACACAUUGUAAUAUAGUGUUACUAUAUAAAACUAUGUAGCUGUAUCCAUAGACAUACGCAGAGUAGAGCUGUUAGACCUUAGGAGAUCAGCAAAGUGGCCAUUCUAGCCAUCUUGGCACUUGGUGGUGAUGAAGUAGAACACUGAUGUUUGUGUACAUGUACAUGAUAGAUAGUGGUUUUAAUCUCAAGAAGUAUUUUGUUAAAAUAGAGGUUGACUUCAGAUGAAAACUUUACUAGUACUGAUGAGAAUGGUAGUACCAAUAUCUUUAUAGAGAGGCUAUAGUUUCUUUUUUUUUUUCCCCCAAAGACUUAUUUAUUAUUAUACUUAAGUACACUGUAGCUGUCUUCAGACUCGCCAGAAGAGGGCGUCAGAUCUCACUAUGGGUGGUUGUGAGCCACCAUGUGGUUGCUGGGAUUUGAACCUUUGGGGCCUUUGGAAGAGCAGUCAGUGCUCUUACCCGCUGAGCCAUCUUGCCAGCCUGAGACUAUGGUUUCUAAAAUACUUUUGACAUAUAUUUUUAAAAUAUGUGUUGAAUAGUUGGAAUUCUUUUCUUUUAUGUCUUUAGUUAUGAAAAUUCCAAGGACUGGGAGGUGUAUGCAGUCCUUGUACAUAUAGUCGCUUACAGUGACACAGAAGUUAAUAUUUUGUUCUUUAUUCUUCUGAGGCAGUUUUCCUCUUCUUUUUCUUAAAGGAAGUAAAACAUUUCAGAUACGUUGCUUCUUGCUCUUUCUGCUCUGUAGUAAAUGUCCUUUUGAAGUUGGCACAUAUCAUUUCUUAUGCAAUUUUGUGCAUUAACAGCAGAUUUGGAAUCAUAACUAUGUGCUAGCAUUUGUAUGUUUUAUAUUUCCAACGUGCCCACUCCAGCCUUGUUCAUGUAAGGCCCAUGCUCUACUCCCAAGCUAAGGCCUGUGCUCUAUUCCUAACCCAGCCCUAAGGUUUGUGGGGUUUGUCGUGAUGGCGAAGAGUAGUGUGGCUUGUUCAUCUUGGCGUGUAUAGAGUGUGAUGUGAAUGGUACACUUCACAGCUGUGCCACACUUCCUUCCUUAAUUAACUAUAAGGGCUUUGUUGCCUUCACUUGUGAAUAAAGUGCCAUUUUUGCAGUGAACAUCUGUGUAUUGUGACCUUGCCAUUGAAGAAAGAGGUUUGGGGUUAGACACCUGGUCUGGAAUCCUUCCCCACCCCCCCCCACCCCCCCCACCCCCCCCCACCCCCGCGACAGGGUUUCUCUGUGCAGUCCUGGCUGUCCUGGGACUCACUCUGAAGACCAGGCUGGCCUUGAACUCAGAAAUCUGCCUGCCUCUGCCUCCCAAGUGCUGAGAUUAAAGGCAGCGUGUGCCACCACGCCCGGCUGGCCUGGAAUUCUAGGCCUAAUGUGGAAGUCAGAGGUCAACUCUAUGGAGUUGCUUCUCUCCUCCCACCUUUAUGUGGGCGGGGUUGUAGUGAUUGAGUUUAGGCAGAUAGCUAGCCCAGCACAUCUCUGAAUCACUGUCUCAUCAGCCCUCCUUCCUUUUUCUUGCCCAAAGCUUGUCUACAAAUUGUUCUGGAAACACCAUUAUGACUUAUGAUACUUGUUAGGUAAUAUUGUUAUUUGUCAUAUUGCACGUUUGUUUGUUUGCACGUGAUUCCUGCACUAGGAGUAAGCUUAGCAAAGCCAAGGACUUUGUUGCCUUCACAGUCUUUGCUUGUCAUAAAAUAAGCAGUCAAUGAAUAUUCACUAAGUGGAUGAAUGUUCUAUGAAUUUGGUCAUCUAAAAGCUGUGAAGGUAGAUUGAACGGAUAAAUUGGCUAUGAUGGCUUAUUAAAUUAAAUUAAUUACUUUAAUUAUUAUUAUUAAGCAUUGUCCAAAUGAGGAAACUGAAACAGUAACCAGUUGGUCUCUUCGGGCCACAUAUCUUUAUAGCAAUAACAGAAUGCCUUUUCUCUAGGUUUGGCUCAAGCACUUUUUGAGGUGUUGAGGACUUUUAGUUUGUGUGUCCCCACCUCCUUCCCAGAGCAGGUCUCUUGUGGCCCAGGCUAUCCUUGAACUCCUGAUCCUCCUGCCUCUACCUCACCACCGUGCCAGUUGGUUCUAAGUCCUCUUCUUCCUCUUCUUCCUCCUCCUUCUCCUCCUCUUCCUCCUCCUCCUGCUUCAUGGUUGCUUAGUUCUUGGGGUAUGAUAAAGUGCCAUUCAUGUUCACAGAGUGAAUGAAUGACUGUGCAUUUUAACUCUGGUUUUCUCUCAAGGAAAACUGUGGGUAAUAAAUGGUUAACUACCAAAAAAGCCAGAGGAAAAGACUUGAAUAAGUAGAUCCCAAAAGUUUGCUUUGUGAGAAGGCAUAGCCAUAUGUUCAUAGGCUAUGCCAGGUGAGGGUCCAUGCACACGUUAGUCCUGUAGUCAGUUAACUCAGAAAGAGUGGAAGCAUCCCUGUCUAAGAAGAAAAUCUUGGGGUUUAUUUACUUUCCUUAGAAUACAAUCAAGGAAAAGAGGUGUACUGAGAUCCCUGUGGGAGCUAGGGAUGGCUCCUAAUGUUUAGCCCCAGGCAUAAAUGGGAAUAAAAGAGAUUUACUAUAGAUCAGGCACUGAGCCAAGUGCUUUACAGACAUUAUAUCAUUAGCCUUGUCUUUCAACCCCAUUAUGUGGGUGGUAGUGUCCAUAUCUUAUAGGUAAGAAAUCUGAAUCACUCAGUAAAUUAGUUAAGCCACUUAGCAAUUUGAACCUAGUUCCACCCUUCUCAAAUUUCUGUUCCUGUCUUGACCAGUUUUUCUCUGUAGUAGAAAAUGACGCAACUGACAUAUAGACAUUUAGAAAAGAGUAGACUCACAGAAGUAAAAAUAGAAUAAGCUUAGUUCUAUAAGCUUCCUAGAGAAACCCACUGCAGUAAUAGUUCUACUAUUAAGCAGCUAUCUCUUUUUGUCCCAGGUUGAUCUAUUUGGGGGAUUUUUUUUUAUUAGGUUAUAUUUCAUUAAUGGAAGUCAAAUGUGUACCUUGCUGCAUGAAGCUUAAUAGUACCCUUAUUUCUGCUUUCUUCAUUGUAUUUGUGAAGGUUUGGUGGCCGCACGAACAAUUUGGUUGUAAUGUCAUGAUUUUUUGCUGGUGAACUGAUCUGAGUUUCCCUUGCUCUGACUUGCUGUGUGCUGUGAUGUCCAUAAGAUGGCGCUGCAGUUUUGCUGGCCCUUUAGUGCCAGACUAAGGGAAGAAGCACCCACUGUAGCUACACAAGAGCCGGCCGGCCGGGGCUUUAGGGUCUCUAGUUGCUUUCCUUCUGGGAAGACUCUUCAGGAAAGGUGAUAGGGCUGUGCUGGUAUAUGUUUUUUGAGCUUACAUAGCCAGGACAACAUAGCAAAAUCCCAUUACAUUCAUGUACAUACAUACAUACACAGUGUGUAUGUGGCUUAGUGGUGGUGCAUAUGCCUCUAGCAUGUACAAGGCCCUCUAUUUGAUUCCUGGCACUGCAGGAACAUGAAAGAUAAACUGCUACAACAGAGAAGAAACAUGCAUACCUCUUUUCUCCCACUCCAUUCAGAGAGCCUUCGAUUGCAUGUGUUAGGCAGUGUGCUGGAAACCUGGUGGAGGAAUUCUGCUGGCUGGCAGCGCAGGGUGUGGUCUAUGAGCCUUACUUACAUCAGUCUGAGUGAAAAUCACCUGGGUUUCAGUCCCUCAGCUGCUCUCCCCAGUCAGCAGCAAGUGUUAUUUCUUCGUUGCUUGGCUACAGAGUCUAGCUGCUAGUUUAGAACUAUGGGAAUAUCUUCUUGUUUUAUGGCAGUGGAGAGCAGAUUUUUCUCCCUCUAGUAAUUAAUGGAGCUGAAAUGAAAAGUCUCUCUUUUAUUCUAUGGGUAUUUUCGAGACAGGGUUUCACUCAGUAGUCCAGGCUAGCUUCAGACUUGCUUUGAAAUUCUUCCUUUUUAGCCUCCCAGUAGCUGAGAUUACACACAUCAACCAUUUUGUCGUGUUAACAUGAAGUCUAAAUGGCUUGUGUCUUCCCCGUCCUCAGUUAUUUCAACUUGGACAAGUUAAUCAGCUUUCUUAAAUCUGAGUUUUCUUUACUUAAAAAUUGGGCCACACAUGGCUGCUGUGAGAAUAUAACAGAAUAAUAUAUAUUAUCCUGUUACAUUAUAUAUAUGUUAUAUAUGUGUGUAUCUUCACAUAGAACUUGUUAUAUAGCAAGUACUCAAAAUACGAUAGCUAACUGUGGCAAAGGCAGUACUGAUGAUUACUAUUGAACACUUAUGUCAAAUACUGUUGUCUGACUUUUAUAUUGUAUUGACAAGUGAUCACCUGUCCCUGAGGCUUAACAUACUAUACUCAAAAUCAAUUUCCAGGUUUUUCAUCAGUGUGUCUGGCCAUCCGAAUUAGUGGAUGUUACUCUUUGGAGCUGGCCAUAUAUGCCACAGGAGGCUGGAUUGUUCAUACCCCUGUUUCUUUUCUUAAUGGAAGGAGUGGGCUCUAAUCUUUCUUAGGUUAAAAUUUGAUUAUGUAUAUCUUGCUUGCUCUUUUCCUUUGGGCGUCUUGGAGCAGUGAUUAAAACAUAUUUCAUUUCAUAGGUUGGGAGCUUUCAUUGCGGCUUCUCUGGUCUUGUCUACCUGGCCCUUCCCUUCCCUUGCUAGUUAGUACCCACUGAGCUGGUUUGCUCUCCCCACCCCCUCUUUGAUAUUGUUCUCCUCCUCCUCUCUCCGGCUACCUCUCUCUCUUCCUUUCCCCUCCCCUUUCCAUUUACUCUUACGUUCUCCCCUCCUCCUCCCUCUCCCUGGUUUCUAGCUCCUUUUUGCGUUCUGUUUGUGUUACUGAGGGCAGUGCUCCAAUUACCUCAUAUUUGGAGAGAGGAAGCGGCAGCCAAUCCGGUUUCUGUCUGCUUUUAGGUCAAGUGAUUUCUGAACUGCAGUGAGAUGCUUUGAAAUUUGUCUUGUUGCAGCUCUGAGCCUGUAAGAUGGCUGUCUGAAUCGAGCGGCUGGAAGAGACAGAGAGAGGCGGGGAGGGAGGGAGAAAGGAUUGGAGGGAUUGCCGGCAUAGUGCAUGUUUUUUGGUUUUUGGUUCUUUUGAAUGUGCAUCGAGUCCGAUGAAGCCGACAUUGGAAUGCCUCUGGGAUCCGAGGACUGAUUCAACUGCUUUAUUUUCUGAGAUUGAGAGAGGAAAGAAAUGGGAAAUUCACUGGGCUGUGUUAAGGAGCCGAAAGAGUCCAUAGCUGUUCCUGAGAAGGCUCCCAUAUCUCCUAAGAAGAGGGUUCGGUUCAAAAGGAAGUGGAGAGGGAAGAAAAUCCUUACUCCAGAAGCAUCUCACAGGGAGGAAGCUUUGGAAGGCACUGGAGUCAUUGAAGAGACUGAAACCCUAACGAAGUUAACAGCGAGGCUCCCAAAGGAGCCCGGAGUGGGAGGGGCAGAGCACCCCCCAUCAGACAUUUUCCUGCCCGGAGACUCAGCUCCCAACUCAGGGGUGGGCGAUCAAGGGAUGAUUGUGCAGGUAAAGGAGAGCUUCCAAGCAGAGAUCCAGACUGCUCACCUUUUGUUGGAGAAUGAGUCAUCAGUUGUUGGAGGGGCCUGGGAUUCCCUGGAAGAGGGUAUGACAGUCAUUGCUCACCUGCUUGAUAACCCAGCAGAAAGGAACUGUGAGAAGUCUGUGAGCCAACUGGUGGAAUUUCCGAGGACAGCAUCCUGCAGCAGCAGGGCUGUGCUGUUGCCUUUGCAGGGAGAGACUGCAGUGGAGCAGGGAGGCACUCUGCUCAGACAUCGACAUCGGAGCAGCACUUUGCCUCGGACGGAUUACCCCUCUGAAACAGUAGAUCAAGACCAACCUUCAGAGGGCUGGAGUGUGGGGGGAAGAACCAAGAGUGUUCCAAGUGCCCCUCCCACAGGUUCUUGGAUUGCUAAGUGUUCUGUUGCUUCAUCAAUACCAAAACAGUCAGGAGACCCUAUUCACACAGAGCCUACCCAUGUAGGUCUCGUGUCCUGCAAGGGUCCCAUAAUGCCUGCUUCUCAGAGUGAUUUAUCUGUCAGUGGCAUCACUGUGAGCAUUUUGCCAUCCUCCUCUGGCUAUGGCAGCGAUGGGCUGCGCCUGCAUGGGAUCCGGCCUGAAGAUACAGAACCUGAAAAGACCUCCACACCCUUCUCAGAAGAGGAUGGUACCCUGUCUUUGGAGAUCUCUGACAUCUACAUUAGUGGGGAAUCAGGGGAUAUGUCAGCCAAAGAGAAACUACUCUUGUGGACUCAGAAAGUAACAGCUGGUUACACAGGAGUCAAAUGCACCAACUUUUCUUCCUGCUGGAGCGAUGGGAAAAUGUUCAACGCAUUGAUUCACCGAUACAGGCCCGAUCUGGUAGACAUGGAGAGAGUACAAGUGCAGAGUAACAGGGAGAACCUGGAGCAGGCCUUUGAAGUGGCCGAGAGGCUCGGGGUCACCCGACUGCUAGAUGCAGAAGAUGUGGAUGUGCCAUCUCCAGAUGAGAAGUCUGUAAUCACUUACGUGUCUUCAAUUUAUGAUGCCUUCCCCAAAGUCCCCGAGGGAGGAGAAGGGAUCAGUGCUACGGAAGUGGACUCCAGAUGGCAAGAAUACCAAAGCCGAGUGGACUCACUCAUUCCCUGGAUCAGGCAGCAUACGAUCUUGAUGUCAGAUAAAUCUUUUCCCCAGAACCCUGUUGAACUAAAGGCACUUUAUAACCAAUAUAUACACUUCAAAGAAACGGAAAUACUGGCCAAGGAGAGAGAAAAAGGAAGAAUCAAAGAGUUAUAUAAGUUAUUAGAGGUGUGGAUUGAAUUUGGCAGAAUUAAGCUGCCUCAAGGCUACCACCCUAACCACGUAGAAGAAGAAUGGGGGAAACUCAUUGUUGAAAUGCUAGAGCGAGAGAAGUCCCUGCGGCCGGCUGUGGAGAGGCUAGAAUUGCUGCUGCAGAUUGCAAACAAGAUACAGAAUGGUGCUUUGAACUGUGAAGAAAAACUGACACUAGCUAAGAACACACUGCAGGCUGAUGCUGCACACCUGGAAUCAGGACAGCCAGUGCAGUGUGAGUCAGAUGUCAUUAUGUACAUUCAAGAGUGUGAGGGUCUCAUCAGGCAGCUGCAGGUGGAUCUCCAGAUCCUACGGGAUGAAAAGUACUACCAGUUAGAAGAGCUUGCCUUUAGGGUCAUGCGCCUGCAGGAUGAGCUGGUCACCCUGCGCUUAGAGUGUACAAAUCUAUACCGGAAAGGCCAUUUCUCGUCACUUGAAUUGGUUCCGCCCUCUACUUUAACCACUACUCACCUGAAAGCAGAACCCCUGAACAAGACGACUCAUUCUUCUUCUACCUCCUGGUUUCGAAAACCGAUGACCCGGACUGAACUUGUAUCUAUCUCAUCCUCUGAAGACGAAGGCAAUCUUCGAUUUGUAUAUGAACUACUCUCUUGGGUAGAAGAGAUGCAGAUGAAACUGGAGCGAGCAGAGUGGGGUAAUGACCUGCCUAGUGUGGAGCUGCAGUUGGAAACACAGCAGCAUAUCCAUACCAGUGUGGAAGAACUAGGCUCAAGUGUCAAAGAGGCUAGGUUGUACGAGGGAAAGAUGUCCCAGAAUUUCCAUACUAGCUAUGUCGAGACUCUUGGAAAGUUGGAGACACAGUAUUGUAAAUUGAAGGAAACUUCUAGCUUCCGAAUGAGGCACCUUCAGAGCCUGCACAAAUUUGUCUCCAGAGCCACAGCUGAACUGAUCUGGCUGAAUGGGAAGGAGGAAGAGGAACUAGCAUGUGAUUGGAGUGACAGUAAUCCCAAUAUCUCAGCCAAGAAAACCUACUUCUCUGAGUUGACAAUGGAACUGGAAGGGAAACAAGAUGUAUUUCGUUCUCUACAAGAUACAGCGGAGGUGUUGUCACUUGAGAACCACCCAGCUAAGCAAACAGUAGAGGCAUAUAGUGCUGCUGUCCAGUCCCAGUUGCAAUGGAUGAAGCAGCUGUGCUUGUGUGUUGAACAACAUGUAAAAGAGAAUGCAGCUUACUUCCAGUUCUUCAGUGAUGCCCGAGACCUGGAGUCAUUUCUGAGAAACCUCCAAGACUCCAUCAAACGAAAAUAUACCUGCGACCGCAGCACCAGUCUGUCCCGCCUGGAGGAUCUGCUUCAGGACUCCAUGGCACAGGAUGAAAAGGAGCAGCUUAUUCAGUCCAAGAGUUCCGUUGCCAGUCUUGUUGGGAGAUCAAAAACCAUUGUUCAGCUAAAGCCACGCAAUCCAGACCAUGUGCUGAAGAGCACUUUAUCUGUGAAGGCCAUCUGUGACUACCGGCAGAUUGAGAUAACUAUUUGCAAAAAUGAUGAAUGUGUGCUGGAAGAUAAUUCUCAGAGGACCAAAUGGAAGGUGAUCAGCCCUACAGGGAACGAGGCAAUGGUUCCAUCAGUUUGCUUUCUCAUUCCCCCACCGAAUAAGGAGGCCAUUGAAAUGGCCAGCAGGGUGGAACAGUCUUACCAGAAGGUGAUGGCCCUUUGGCACCAGCUACACAUUAACACCAAAAGCCUUAUCUCCUGGAACUACUUGCGAAAGGACCUUGAUACAGUACAGACCUGGAGCUUAGAAAAGCUUCGUUCCUUAGCACCAGGAGAGUGCCACCAGGUUAUGAAAAACCUCCAGGCCCACUAUGAAGACUUUCUACAGGACAGCCAUGACUCUGCCCUCUUCUCUGUGGCCGAUCGCUUGCGAAUAGAGGAGGAGGUGGAAGCUUGUAAAGCCCACUUCCAGCACCUGAUGAAAUCACUGGAGAAUGAGGACAAAGAAGAGACUUUGGCCAAGGUAUACAUCUCUGAGCUAAAGAAUAUCCGACUACUCCUGGAGGAGUGUGAGCAGAGACUGCUCAAACAAAUUCAGUCUCCAGCCAGCUCCAAGACUGACAGAGAUGCCAGGCAGGACAUCACAUUGAGGAUUGCAGAGCAGGAGCACACACAGGAGGAUUUGCAGCAUUUGAGAUCUGACCUGGAUGCUAUUUCUAUGAAAUGCAACGUCUUUCUCCAGCAGUCUCCAUCAGGUUCAAGUGCCACAACUCUGCGCUCAGAGCUGAACCUGAUGGUAGAGAAGAUGGACCAUGUCUAUGGUCUGUCUACUGUCUAUCUGAAUAAGUUAAAGACAAUUGAUGUUAUAGUCCGUAGCAUGCAGGAUGCUGAGCUGUUGGUCAAAGGUUAUGAGAUCAAGCUGAGUCAAGAGGAAGCAGUGCCAGCAGACCUCUCAGCUCUGGAGUCCCAUCGGACCACCUUACAGCACUGGCUUAGUGAUGUGAAGGACAAGAAUUCAGUGUUCUCAGUCCUGGAUGAGGAAAUCACUAAGGCCAAGAAAGUGGCAGAACAGCUCCGGCACCCAGCAUCAGAGCCAAACUUGGAUUUGGAGCGCUAUCAGGAGAAAGGUUCUCAGCUACAGGAGCGGUGGCACCGUGUCAUUGCCCAGCUGGAGACCCGGCAAUCUGAGGUAGAAAGUAUCCAGGAAGUUCUGAGAGAUUACCGAGCCUGCCAUGGAACUCUCAUCAAGUGGAUUGAGGAAACCACUGCCCAGCAGGAAAUGAUGAAGCCUGGCCAGGCAGAGGAUAGUAGAGUGCUGUCAGAGCAGCUUAGUCAGCAGACGGAACUCUUUGCUGAAAUUGAGAGAAAUCAGACAAAGUUGGACCAAUGUCAAAAAUUUUCCCAGCAGUACUCCACUAUUGUGAAGGACUAUGAGUUGCAGCUUAUGACAUAUAAAGCCUUCGUGGAGUCACAGCAGAAAUCUCCAGGCAAGCGCCGCCGCAUGAUUUCCUCUUCAGAUGCCAUCACACAGGAGUUCAUGGACUUAAGGACUCGAUACACAGCUUUGGUGACAUUAACAACUCAGCAUGUAAAAUAUAUCAGUGAUGCUCUCCGGCGGUUGGAAGAGGAAGAGAAAGUAGUAGAAGAGGAAAAACAAGAACAUGUGGAGAAGGUUAAAGACCUUUUGGGUUGGGUGUCUACUCUGGCAAGAAAUACACAAGGAACAACUACCUCAUCUCACACUAGUGCAUCUGCAGACAUUGAGAAGGCCAUUUUGGAGCAGCAGGUUCUGGCAGAAGAGUUGACAACCAAGAAAGAACAAGUUUCUGAGGCCAUUAAAACUUCACAGAUCUUCUUAGCCAAGCAUGGCCAUAAGCUUUCAGAAGGAGAGAAGGAACAGAUCUCUGAGCAGUUGCGUGUGCUGAACAAGACUUACCAUGACCUUUGUGAUGGUUCUGCAAACCAACUCCAGCAGCUCCAAAGCGAGUUGGCUCAGCAGACGGAACAAAAGGGUUGCAGAGCAGUUGCUGGGGUGAUUGACCUAGGCACAGUGGAGAUAUUCCCCAUCUUCAGAGCCAUGCAAAAGGGCCUCAUUGACCAAGACACAGGCCUUGUGCUCCUGGAAUCCCAGAUUAUCAUGUCUGGCCUCAUUGAUCCCGAGAACAGUGAAAAGCUCUCCUUGGAAGAGGGUCUCACCAGAAAUUUCAUUAACCUUCCAAUAUAUCAACAGCUCUUGGGACUAAGGGAUUCUCUGUCUUUAGUAAGCAGGCUUACAGGGACCCUAGGCUCCCUUUCUGUGGUGGAAGCAAUUGAAAAGAAAAUAAUCAGUGAGAGACUUGGACUGAAAGUCUUAGAAGUUCACCUGGCAACUGGAGGUUUCAGUCUCCCCCCUAGUGAGAACUGUAUUAAUCUGGAAGAAGCUUUUCAUCAAGGCUUCAUUGCAUCAAGUCUUCACUCAGAAUUACAGUCUCACCUGAGAUCAUCCAAGAAUUUAAUAGACCCCAAUACAGCUGAAAAAGUUGGCUUGCUGGACCUGAUGCAGAGAUGUAUCAUCCAUCAAGAGUCAGGGUUGAAAUUGUUGCCUGUCAAGCAGUUGGCAGGGGGAAUGGUGAGCUUGAAGUCAGGUCGGAAAGUUAGCAUUUUCCGUGCUGUUCAGGAAGGGCUGAUAGACAGGCAAGUCACUGUCCGGCUGCUGGAAGCCCAGCUAUUUGCUGGUGGCAUAGUAGAUCCAAGAACAGGACACAGACUUACAGUGGAAGAGGCUGUGAGACAUAAUUUGAUUGACCAAGAUAUGGCUUGCGCUAUUCUCAUAAGGCAGCUUCAGACAGGAGGCAUCAUUGACACUGUCACAGGGGAUAGGAUGACUAUUGAUGAGGCAGUGACCAAUAAUCUAGUAGCUGCUAAGAUUGCUCUUGUAAUUCUGGAAUCCCUCUGGUCAUUUAUGGGCUUACUGUUGCCUGAAUCUGGAGAGAUCCUCCCAAUUACAGAUGCUCUAGAGCAAGGUAUUGUAUCUACUGAAUUAGCACAUAAAAUUCUCCAUAACCGACAGCAAAUUGAGGCUCUUUUUCUACCAACACUCACAGAGAUUUGGUCCUGGGAAAAAGCAACAGAGAGUGGUAUCCUAGAUAAAGAUCUUGUCAAUAACUUAAGGUCAGUUUGUAUCCCUGACAUGAUGCCCCACAUACAACUAGCAGACUCUGCAGAACAAAGCAAGGUAGGCUUUGCUGCUGGUAAACCACCUGUGUCAGGCCCAAGAGAGGAAGGAUCCAGCCAUGGAGAGAAGCUGCUGUUUCAGCUGAUGACUCACAGCUACAUUCAUGCACACACUGGACAGAGGCUGCUUUUGCUGGAUCAAGAGCUGGUGGAGAUGCUAACAUCCAGAGAUGACUGUCAAGUAAUUCUUCCAGAAGUAUUUGAAAUUCAGCAUCAAAGGCUCAACACUUCUGAGGCAUUACAAGAACUGUAUACUGGGACCAUCUCCCAAAUUUCCAGUGCUAAGCAUCCUAGGAAGCCCUGUGAAUCCCAAUUUCUUUCACAGAACAAAGACUAUCCCAGUCAGGAAAACUGUACUGAAGCAAAAGGUGAAAGGUCUGUUGUAGGUAUAGAGUGCUCUCCUGCAGAGAGCCCUGAAAGGGAGCUUUUCCUCAAAGAACAAGAAGCCAUUAUUGAAAAUGUUGGCAGUUUGAAGGUCAUCAAUAAAGUCAAGUUAAAGCUACAAAGACCAUUGUUAGGAAGUAGAAAGGAAGAGCAAGCAGAAACAUUGAGGGAGGAAAAUAUCAGCGGAGACCCCCUCCUUGUAGAAUGUCCUGAGGAAUCUGAAGGUAAAGACCUUUCUACUGAGAAGUCAAAAUGCCAAACUCCCACAAAGUGUUCGUUUACAUGUCACAAAGAACAAGUGAAGACCAUCAAAGACAUUCCAAGUGAAACUGGAACAUCACUCAUAAAGUCUCAAAAUCAAAUGUCACAAUUUCAGGUAGAUACUUCUGUAGGUUUGAGAUCAGAGUUUAAGUCAGAACAUGAUAUGAAUGUUAAUUCUUUGGAGAAAGAGUUAAAGGAAGAACUUUUGGUUAAGGAUGGCCACAAACAAAGCCAAGAAGGACAGAGUGUUGCAGAUGGUCAGACGGUGGCGUUAGAAAAGACUGAUACUGAAGAUAAUGCUGAUGAGCCUGCCUUGUUGCAUAGUUCUCCUUUUGAAGAUGCUACCUUAAGCACACUAUCUGCACAGCUACAGGAUGGUGGUAUCUUUAAUGAAGAAACAGGCCAGAAACUCUUACUAAAUGAAGCAAUAGCCCAAGGCCUUGUGUCUAGCCACACUGCUGUCAAACUUAUGGGGAAAUUGAACAUGUUUCGGGGCUUCUUUGACUCCCAGACCUGUGAGUCUUUGACGACUGAAGAAGUCAUUGAUGAAGGUCUAAUGGAUGAGAAAUUAUUAUAUAAUGUUCUUAUGUCAGACAAAGCUAUAAGUGGUAUCUUAGACCCCAGGACCCACUCUCUGUGCUCUGUAAAGGAGGCUGUGGCAGCUGGGCUGCUUGACAAGGAGACAGCCACAAGGAUUUUAGAGGGACAGGUGAUAACUGGUGGAAUUGUUGACCUGAAACGAGGCAAAAAGCUUUCGGUAACUUUGGCCUCAAAUCUUGGUUUGGUAGACACUGCUGACCAGACAGAACUUAUCAAUCUGGAAAAGGCUACUAAAGGCAGAGGUGCUGAAAAGGCAGUUAAAGAGAGAUUAAUCGAACUACAAAUGGAAACAGCAGGACUUAUGGACCCUGAAAGUAAAGCACCGUUAACAGUUUUGCAGUCCAUUGAUAGAGGUAUUCUAGAGAGAGAAGCAGCUGUUUAUCUGUUGACUAAGCAAGUACUUGAUGGUGGUAUCAUUCAUCAUAUAUCUGGCUUGAGACUUUCUGUUGAUAAUGCCUUUAAACAUGGCUUGAUUGGUGAAGAUAUGGCCAGGCAGCUCAGAAAAGUUGAGAACUUUAUCCACUAUCAAUUUUUCCAUCCUCAAACAAAGGAAGCCCUUUCCUUCUCAGAAGCCAUAAAAUUAGAUCUUGUUUCUCCAGACUUGAAAAGAGAAAUCCAAGAGAUCCAGGACUUUAGUGGGAACUUGGGGGAUUUCAUUUAUGGCCAGAAAUUGACCUUGGCAAAAACUAACAAAGAAGAAUCCUUAGCUAAUAAAACAGAAUUGCCUUCAGGGGUGAUGCAUGGGGUUAUAGAUCCUGAGAACUGCACGAUUAUUCCUUACUCAGAAUUGGUAAAGAAAUGUAGGAUUGACACUGAAUCUGGAUGGCGAUAUCUUGAAGUAAUUCCGUUCUCUGAUAUUAAAGACGAGGCGGGCAACAACGUGCUCACGCCGCCGGAAGCAAUUCAGCUCGGGAAAGUAGACUUUGCUUCUGCAUUGAAGGUUUUGGAAGCUCAGGCGAACACUGGUGGAAUCAUAGACAUGGCCACAGGAAAAAGAGUGACAUUGGCAUCAGCUUUGGAAAAGAAACUGUUAGAUGAAAACAUGGCCAGGAUUAUUGCAUCUCACCAGAUGUUAAGUGGAGGAAUUAUUGAUAUAUACAGUGAUCAAAGAGUGACUUUAAACGAUGCUGUCGAGAAAAGACUGAUUAGCCCUGAACUGGCAGCUAUGAUCCAAGUAGAUCCCUUAGCAGAGCAAGGUGGGACUGGAGUAUGUGAAUUGAAGGGUGACUUUCUAAGAAAGGAGUUACUAUCUGAGUCUAGUAAGACCCCCAGAGAGAGUUAUAGUAAGGAGAAACACGAGGCAGUGUUACAAGCUGGGAGUCUGUGUGCUCCAGAAAAGGCUGGCAUAAGGGGUUCUAAUGGGGAAAAGGCAGAAAAGGGCAGGAAGAUUUCAGUAGAGAUGGAAGGCCAGCGUCAAGAUGAGAAAGCUUCUUCAGAUAAUAAAGUAUCUGCCAGCAUCUUAAGUCCUUUUGGUUUUGAGGGUGAAUCUUCAUACCAAGUUUCGGUGACGCAUCCCUGCUCAGAAUCUUGUGAUUUGAAACCCAGAGAGGAAACUAGAAGUUGUAUGAAAAAAUGUGCAGUUGUAGAGCGGGACAAAGUAGUAACACAAAUAAAAAUGGUUUCUCACGUAAAGCAAUCUACCUCAGGUCUGGAUGCUGAGGAAGCUAGAGAACGUCAAGGGAGAAUGGUUUCAAAAGAGCAAGGAUCUCAUUAUGAAACAGCAGGCAACCUGUUGAGUGAGCGGUCAGUAAGGGUUGAUAGAAGAGUGAGGAGAGAGAUGGGUGGAGAGCAAAGUGUCCAAAUGAGCAGGGAAGCAGCAGUUCUUUCUGAGGAAGAGUUGGACCAGGAAGUUACAAUUGGUGAUGAACCCGACUCCUUUGUAAAGAGCCAGUCUAUGAAAAUGAUUGGAAAUGACAAGGGAAAAGAAGCUGGCAUAGAAAAGGACAUUUCUGUUGUUUGUAAAAUCGAAGGCUUCCCUUCCCAGAUGACAUCCAAAGAUGCUUCCCUCACAAAUCAAGAUGCUUUACCGUUCUAUACUGAAGGGGAAACAAAAACUGUAAACCUCUGCUCGAUUUUAAAACCGGGAGAAAAAUUAUCUCAAGAAACUGCUAGUACUGUCCAGAAAGAACCAUUAUCUUCUGAGAUCCCAAGACCAGAAAGACUGAACUCCCAGGAAUCAGAUGAAGAACCCCAAAUUUCAGAUGUACCCCACAUUUCCAAAGGAGACAUGGCUGCCCAAAUUACCACAAGACAGGAGACUACUGAUGUCCAAGACCUAUAUAUUACAUCUAAGAGUUCAGAGACCAAAGAUAAGAUUUUCCCAUCCAAAAAUUAUAUAGAAAAGUUACAUCAAGAAAUACCUAUGGACCCAACAAGGUCCCAUAAAUUGAAAGAGGCCACAAUUUCUACUCUAGAGACAGAAGGUAUCAGUUAUCUAGAUUCUUCAGAUAUAAAGAGUCUUUGUGAGGAUAGCAAAGCAGACCACAAGUCUUGUGGACAUCAGAAAUCUAAAGUAACAACAACCCAGGCAAAAAAAUCUCUAGAAGUAGUAGAUCUCCUAGUUAGAGACACAGAAGAAGGGUCCUCUGAAGAUAGAGUGGGCCAAAGAGGACCCAGGGUCUUGGCAUCUCUUCUUCCGGAGAAACUGCCCACAAGGACAGUGCAGAGUGAGAAUAUACGGCAGCAUGAUGCUGUCAUUCCGGCCAUUUCUGAAAUCAGGGAGGAAAUGGCACUGUCGCUGCCAUGUUCUGUAGUGAAGGUGGAUGGGAAGAUACCUAAGGAAAAGCACAAAGAGAUCCUUGGAGAUGAACAAGGCCCCUUCAUGGCCAUACCCAGUGGGAAGGGGAUUGAAGGUGUAAACCCAGAGCCUUGCAGAGCAACUCAGAAUGUGUUUACUCGGAGACUUUGUUUAGAACAUGAUGAGAAAUUGGUCUCCUAUCUGUCUCUGUUACGGGACAUUGAAAUGAGAACCAAACAGAUUCAACCUUUGGAGCUUAAUGUGGCAGAGCUGCAAGAUCUACUGGGUCAGGCAAAGGAACUUGACAGGGAAUUAAAAGAUCUGUCCACUGUGGUGAGUCAGGAAUUGGAGUGUGUGGAUCGGAUUGUUAUCAGUCAGCCACAAGAAGUUCCUGCUCAGCUGUUGAAGGCAUUAGAGAAAGAUGCCAAAAAUCUUCAGAAGUCUCUAGACUCUGUUAGUGACUCUUGGAGUUCCAGAUUCCUCCACCUCCAGAGUGCUGUGGAAGUAAAAAAGGCCACAGUGUUAAAUCGGCACAAGGAACUGCAAGGCAAACUUCAAGAUCUGAGAGCCUGGGUCGGCAGAGCCAGUCUUACUCUGAACAGCAAGGGCUGUGACACUGAAACUGACGCUGACAGCCUGAGUCACACUCUCCAACCAUACAAGGAUAUGAAACAAUCUAUGGCUGAAAGGAAAUCUCAGCUGGAUGCCCUUGCUUUGGAUAUUCAGCUCUUUAUAUCUGAGCACCCACAGGAUCUGUCUCUUCAGCAGAAUCAGGAGAUGCUGCAGUUUCUGAGUGAAUUACAGAGGUCCUUCCAGGGCCUUGUGGAACACACUGCAGCUCAGAAAGAUGUGGUGCAGGGCCAUCUUCAGCAAGUCCAGCAAGAAGUUCAGGUCAAGACUCUGCAGAAACAACAAGACACCUGCCAUAAGAAGCUGGAGGAUCUUUGCAACUGGGUGGGACAGGCAGAAAGAGCACUGGAGAGGCACCAGGGCGGAGCCUCUCGGCAAGAGCUCCCUGCUCUGCAGCAGAACCAAAGUGACUUGAAGGAUUUGCAGGGUGACAUUCAGAGUCAUUCCACCUCAUUUGCCACUGCUGUCAAAGACAUUGAAGGGUUCCUGGAAGAGAACCAGACCAAGCUGAGCCCCCAGGAGCUGACAGCUCUUCGAGAAAAACUUCAUCAGGCAAAGGAGCAAUAUGAGGUUCUCCAGGAACGGACACGGGUGGCUCAGAAAGAGCUGGAGGAAGCAGUGACAUCAGCCUUACAACAGGAGACAGAGAAGAGUAAAGCAGCGACAGAGCUGGCAGAGAACAAGAGGAAGAUCGAUGCUCUCUUGGAUUGGGUGGCUUCUGUGGGGUCAUCUGAGAGAAAGCCACAGGCUAGCCUUCCAGGAAUGGAGCAGUUCUCUGGAGCUUGCUUGGAAAAACAAACCUUAGCUGCCACUGAUGGUCAUGUAGAUGUGAACCAGGUACCAGAGACACUGGACAGGCAGUAUGAGCUAAUGAAGGCUCGUCACCAAGAAUUGCUGUCUCAGCAGCAGAAUUUCAUUGUGGCCACCCAGUCAGUUCAGUCCUUCCUGGACCAACACAGUCACAAUCUCACACCUGAGGAGCGACAGAAGCUUCAGGAGAAGCUGGGUGAGCUUAAGGAGCAAUAUGCAGCCUCCCUUGCCCGGUCAGAGGCAGAGCUGAAGCAGACGCAGGCUCUACGAGAUGAACUGCAGAAGUUCCUGCAAGACCACAAGGAAUUUGAAAACUGGCUACAACAAUCUGAGAAUGAGCUGGAUAGUAUGCAUAAGGGAGGCAGCAGUCCUGAAGCUCUGAACUCCUUGCUAAAGCGGCAAGGAAGCUUCUCUGAGGAUGUCAUUUCCCACAAAGGAGACUUGAGAUUUGUGACUAUCUCAGGGCAGAAAGUCUUAGAAACAGAAAACAAUUUUGAGGAAGGCCAAGAGCCAUCAGCUACCAGAAACUUAGUGAAUGAAAAACUGAAGGAUGCAACAGAAAGAUACACCACUCUCCACUCUAAGUGUAUACGAUUGGGCUCUCAUCUGAGCAUGUUGCUAGGCCAGUAUCAGCAAUUCCAGAGCAGCGCUGACAGCCUGCAGGCCUGGGUGUUGACUUGUGAGGCCAGCGUGGGGAAGCUUCUCUCAGACACAGUUGCCUCUGACCCCGGAGUCCUGCAACAGCAGCUUGCAACAACAAAGCAGUUACAGGAAGAAUUGGCUGAACACCAAGUACCUGUAGAAAAGCUUCAAAAAGCAGCUCAUGACCUACUGGACAUUGAAGGAGAGCCAGCCCUGGACUGUAGGCCUAUUCAAGAAACUACAGAUUCCAUAUCCAGCCGCUUCCAGAACCUCUCUUGUAGCUUGGAUGAGCGGUCUGCUUUGCUGCAGAAGGCAAUUGCUCAGUCUCAGAGUGUUCAGGAAAGUAUGGAGAGCCUGCUGCAGUCCAUAAGGGAAGUUGAACAAAACCUAGAAAGGGAUCAGGUGGCAUCACUCUCAUCAGGAGUCAUCCAAGAAGCCUUGGCCAACAACAUGAAACUGAAGCAAGACAUUGCUAGACAAAAGAGCAGCUUGGAAGCCACCCAUGACAUGGUCACUCGAUUCAUGGAGACAGCUGACAGCAACUCAGCCUCAGUGCUGCAGGGCAAACUGGCAGAGCUGAGCCAGCGCUUCCAACAGCUCCAGCUCCAGCAGCAAGAAAAGGAGAGCAACCUAAAGAAGCUCCUGCCCCAGGCUGAGAUGUUUGAGCAGCUCUCCAACAAGCUGCAGCAGUUCAUGGAAAACAAAAGCCGACUGCUGGCCUCUGGGAACCAGCCAGAUCAAGAUAUUGCACAUUUUUCCCAGCAGAUCCAGGAGCUCACUUUGGCAAUGGAAGACCAGAAGGAGAACCUAGAUACUCUGGAGCACCUGGUUACUACACUGGGCUCCUGUGGCUUUGCCCUGGACCUAUCUCAGCAUCAAGACAAGAUACAGAACCUUAAGAAGGAUUUUACAGAGCUGCAGAAGACAGUUCAAGAAAGAGAGAAAGAUGCAUCCACUUGCCAGGAGCAGUUGGAUGAAUUCCGGAAACUGAUUAGAACCUUCCAGAAAUGGCUGAAAGAAACUGAAGGGAAUGUUCCUCCUGCAAAGACUUUCGUGAGUGCUAAGGAAUUAGAAAAGCAGAUUGAACACUUGAAGGAUCUUAUAUCUGACUGGGAAAGUAAAGGAGCCCUGCUGGGAGAAAUCAACGCCAAGGGCACUGCCUUAGAAAGUCUCAUCAUGGACAUCACAGCUCCUGAUUCCCAAGCCAAAACAGGUUCCAUACUACCCCCUGUAGGAAGCUCUGUAGGCAGUGUAAACGGAUACCACACCUGCAAAGAUCUUACAGAGAUUCAGUGUGACAUGUUUGAUGUAAAUUCGAAGUAUGAGAAACUGUGGGAAGUGCUGCGAGAACGACAGGAAAGCCUUCAGACUGUCUUCAGCAGAAUGGAGGAGGUUCAAAAGGAGGCGAGCUCUGUAUUACAGUGGUUAGAAUCAAAAGAAGAAGUCCUGAAAGCCAUGGAUGCCACUUUGUCUCCAACCAAGACAGAAACAGUAAAAGCCCAAGCAGAAUCUAACAAGGCUUUUCUGGCUGAAUUGGAACAGAAUUCCCCUAAAAUUCAGAAAGUAAAGGAAGCCCUGGCUGGAUUACUGAAGACCUAUCCCAACUCACAAGAAGCAGAAAACUGGAAGAAAAUGCAAGAGGACCUCAAUUCCCGAUGGGAAAAGGCCACCGAGGUUACUGUGGCUCGCCAAAAGCAGCUAGAGGAAUCUGCAAGCCACCUGGCCUGCUUCCAGGCUGCAGAGUCCCAACUCCGCCCCUGGCUGAUGGAGAAGGAGCUGAUGAUGGGAGUUCUUGGUCCCUUGUCUAUUGACCCCAACAUGUUGAAUGCCCAGAAGCAGCAGGUCCAGUUUAUGCUGAAGGAAUUUGAAGCACGAAGGCAGCAGCAUGAGCAGCUGAACGAGGCAGCUCAGGGCAUCCUAACGGGUCCUGGAGAUAUGUCUCCAUCUGCCAGCCAAGUACACAAAGAUCUGCAAAGCAUCAGUCAGAAGUGGGUUGAGCUCACUGACAAGCUCAACUCCCGUUCCAGCCAAAUUGACCAAGCUAUUGUUAAAAGUACCCAAUACCAAGACCUGCUCCAGGACUUAUCAGAAAAGGUGAAGGCCAUUGGACAGCGACUGAGUGGCCAGUCAGCCAUCAGCACCCAACCUGAAGCUGUAAAGCAACAGCUAGAGGAGACCAGUGAGAUUCGGUCUGAUUUGGGACAAUUAGACAAUGAGAUUAAGGAGGCUCAGACGCUGUGCCAAGAACUCUCACUGCUCAUUGGUGAGCAGUACCUCAAGGAUGAGCUGAAGAAGCGUUUGGAGACAGUCGCCCUGCCGCUCCAAGGCUUAGAAGACCUUGCAGCCGACCGCAUGAACAGACUUCAGGCAGCUCUUGCCAGCACCCAGCAAUUCCAGCAAAUGUUUGAUGAGCUGAGGACCUGGUUAGAUGAGAAACAAAGCCAACAAGCAAAAAACUGCCCAAUUUCUGCAAAAUUGGAACGGCUCCAAUGUCAGCUACAAGAGAAUGAAGAGUUUCAAAAGAACCUUAAUCAACACAGUGGUUCCUAUGAGGUGAUUGUGGCUGAGGGGGAGGCUCUGCUGCUUUCUGUGCCCCCUGGAGAAGAGAAAAAGACUUUACAAAACCAGUUGGUUGAACUCAGAAGCCACUGGGAAGAUCUUAGUAAAAAAACUGCAAAUCGACAGUCUAGGCUCAAGGACUGUAUGCAGAAAGCUCAGAAGUAUCAGGGGCAUGUGGAGGACCUUGUGCCCUGGAUAGACGAGUGCAAGUCCAAGAUGUCUGAGCUACAGGUUACCCUGGAUCCAGUGCAACUGGAGUCCAGCCUCUUAAGGUCCAAGGCUAUGCUGAAUGAGGCAGAGAAGCGCCGCUCCCUGCUGGAAAUACUGAAUAGUGCUGCUGACAUUCUGAUCAAUUCUUCAGAAAUAGAUGAAGAUGAGAUCCGAGAUGAGAAGGCUGGGCUCAACCAGAACAUGGAUGCCAUAACUGAGGAGCUACAGGCCAAAACGAGCUCUCUAGAAGAAAUGACUCAGAGGCUCAAGGAGUUCCAGGAAAGCUUCAAGAAUAUUGAAAAGAAAGUUGAAGGAGCCAAACACCAGCUUGAAAUCUUUGAUGCCCUGGGCUCUCAAGCCUGUAGUAACAAGAAUCUGGAGAAGCUAAAGGCUCAGCAAGAAGUGCUGCAGGCCUUAGAACCUCAGGUAGACUACCUGAGGAACUUCACUCAGGGACUCGUAGAAGAUGCUCCAGAUGGAUCGGAUGCUUCCCCACUUGUACAUCAAGCUGAGGUUGCACAGCAGGAGUUCUUAGAAGUGAAGCAAAGAGUGAGCAGUAGCUGCCUGACCAUGGAAAACAAGCUAGAGGGGAUUGGGCAGUUCCACUGUCGAGUCCGAGAAAUGUUUUCUCAAUUGGCUGACCUGGAUGAUGAGCUAGAUGGCAUGGGAGCCAUUGGCAGAGACACGGAUAGCCUCCAGUCACAAAUUGAGGACGUACGGCUCUUCCUUAACAAAAUCCAAGCCCUCAGAUUUGACAUAGAGGACUCUGAAGCAGAGUGUCGAAAAAUGUUGGAGGAAGAGGGGACGUUAGACUUACUGGGUCUCAAGAGGGAGCUAGAAGCCCUUAAUAAGCAGUGUGGUAAACUGACAGAGCGAGGGAAAGUUCGCCAGGAGCAGCUAGAGCUGACGUUGGGCCGAGUAGAGGACUUCUAUAGGAAACUGAAAGCGCUCAAUGAUGCCGCCACAGCUGCAGAGGAAGGAGAAGCGCUUCAGUGGAUUGUGGGAACUGAAGUGGAUGUCAUCAACCAGCAACUAGCAGAUUUUAAACUGUUUCAGAAAGACCAAGUGGAUCCUCUUCAGGUGAAAUUGCAGCAGGUGAAUGGACUUGGCCAGGGAUUAAUUCAGAGUGCAGGAAAAAACUGUGAUGUGCAGGGUUUAGAACAUGAUAUGGAUGAAAUUAAUACUCGAUGGAAUACACUGAAUAAAAAGGUUGCACAAAGAAUUGCACAACUGCAGGAGGCUCUGUUACAUUGUGGGAAAUUUCAAGAUGCCUUAGAGCCUUUGCUCAGCUGGUUGACAGAUACUGAGGAGCUCAUAGCCAAUCAGAAGCCUCCAUCUGCUGAGUAUAAAGUGGUGAAAGCACAGAUCCAAGAACAGAAGUUGCUCCAGCGACUCCUAGAUGAUCGAAAGGCCACAGUGGAUAUGCUUCAAGCAGAAGGAGGCAGAAUAGCCCAGUCAGCUGAGCUGGCUGAUAGAGAGAAAAUCACUGGGCAGCUGGAGAGUCUUGAACGUAGAUGGACUGAUCUCCUCAGCAAGGCAGCAGCCAGGCAAAAACAGCUGGAAGAUAUCUUGGUUCUGGCUAAACAAUUCCAUGAGACAGCUGAGCCUAUUUCUGACUUCUUAUCUGUCACAGAGAAAAAGCUUGCUAACUCGGAACCUGUUGGCACUCAGACUGCCAAAAUACACCAGCAGAUUAUUCGUCACAAGGCUCUAGAGGAAGAAAUAGAAAACCAUGCAACAGAUGUGCACCAGGCAGUUAAAAUUGGGCAGUCCCUCUCCUCCCUGACAUGUCCGGCAGAGCAGGGCAUCAUGUCAGAAAAGCUAGACUCAUUGCAGGCCCGAUACAGUGAAAUUCAAGACCGGUGCUGUCGGAAAGCAUCCCUGCUCGAGCAGGCCCUGUUCAAUGCUAGGCUGUUCGGGGAGGAUGAGGUGGAGGUGCUCAACUGGCUGGCUGAGGUUGAGGACAAGCUCAGUACAGUGUUCGUAAAGGAUUACAGACAGGAUGUCCUGCAGAAACAGCAUGCCGACCACCUGGCUUUAAAUGAAGAGAUUAUUAAUAGAAAGAAGAAUGUAGAUCAAGCAAUAAAAAAUGGUCAGGCUCUUCUAAAACAAACUACAGGCGAGGAGGUACUGCUUAUCCAGGAGAAGCUGGAUGGGAUAAAGACCCGCUAUGCGGACAUCACUCUCACUAGCUCCAAGGCCCUCAGAACUUUAGAACAAGCCCGGCAGCUGGCCACCAAGUUCCACUCUACAUAUGAGGAACUAACUGGGUGGCUGAGGGAGGCGGAGGAGGAGCUGGCAGCCAGUGGAGGACAGUCUCCCACAGGGGAGCAAAUACCCCAGUUUCAGCAAAGACAGAAGGAACUGAAGAAGGAGGUCAUGGAACACAGGCUGGUGUUGGACACAGUGAAUGAGGUGAGCCAUGCUCUCCUAGAGCUGGUGCCUUGGAGAGCCAGAGAAGGACUGGAUAAACUUGUGUCUGAUGCCAACGAGCAGUACAAACUGAUCAGUGACACUGUUGGACAAAGGGUAGAUGAAAUUGAUGCUGCUAUUCAGAGAUCACAACAGUACGAGCAGGCUGCUGAUGCAGAACUAGCUUGGGUUGCUGAAACCAAGCGGAAGCUGAUGGCUCUCGGUCCAAUUCGUCUAGAACAAGACCAGACUACUGCUCAGCUGCAGGUGCAGAAGGCUUUCUCCAUUGACAUCAUUCGACACAAAGAUUCAAUGGAUGAGCUCUUCAGUCACCGUGGGGAAAUCUUCAGCACAUGUGGAGAGGAGCAGAAAGCUGUACUGCAGGAGAAAACCGAGUGCCUAAUACAGCAAUAUGAAGCUGUUAGCCUGCUUAACUCAGAGCGCUAUGCUCGCCUAGAGCGAGCACAGGUCUUAGUGAACCAGUUUUGGGAAACAUACGAAGAGCUCAGCCCCUGGGCUGAGGAAACACUGGCGUUAAUAGCACAGCUGCCUCCUCCAGCUGUGGAUCAUGAGCAGCUCAGACAGCAGCAGGAAGAGAUGAGGCAACUAAGGGAAUCCAUUGCUGAACACAAACCUCAUAUUGAUAAGAUACUAAAAAUAGGUCCACAACUAAAGGAGCUAAACCCUGAGGAAGGGAAAAUGGUUGAAGAAAAAUACCAGAAAGCAGAAAACAUGUAUGCCCAAAUAAAAGAUGAGGUGCGCCAGCGUGCCCUGGCUCUGGAUGAGGCUGUGUCCCAGUCUGCUCAGAUCACAGAGUUUCAUGAUAAAAUUGAACCCAUGUUGGAGACCCUGGAGAACCUGUCCUCUCGCCUGCGAAUGCCUCCCCUGAUUCCUGCUGAAGUCGACAAGAUCAGAGAGUGCAUCAGUGACAAUAAAAGUGCCACCGUGGAGCUGGAGAAACUGCAGCCGUCCUUUGAAGCCCUGAAGCGGCGGGGAGAGGAACUCAUUGGAAGAUCGCAGGGAGCAGACAAGGAUCUGGCUGCAAAAGAAAUCCAGGACAAGCUGGAUCAAAUGGUGUUCUUCUGGGAGGACAUCAAAGCACGGUCUGAAGAGCGAGAAAUUAAAUUCCUUGAUGUCCUUGAAUUAGCGGAGAAGUUCUGGUAUGACAUGGCAGCUCUCCUGACCACCAUCAAAGACACCCAGGAUAUUGUUCAUGACUUAGAAAGCCCUGGUAUUGACCCAUCCAUCAUCAAGCAACAGGUUGAAGCUGCUGAGACUAUUAAGGAGGAGACAGAUGGUCUGCAUGAGGAGUUGGAGUUCAUUAGAAUCCUUGGAGCAGAUUUGAUUUUUGCCUGUGGAGAAACCGAGAAGCCUGAAGUGAAGAAGAGCAUUGAUGAGAUGAAUAAUGCUUGGGAGAACUUAAAUAAAACGUGGAAAGAAAGGCUGGAAAAACUCGAGGAUGCCAUGCAGGCUGCUGUGCAGUAUCAGGACACUCUCCAGGCUAUGUUUGACUGGCUAGAUAACACUGUGAUCAAGCUCUGCACCAUGCCCCCAGUGGGCACAGACCUCAACACUGUCAAAGAUCAGUUAAAUGAGAUGAAGGAGUUCAAAGUAGAAGUUUACCAACAGCAAAUUGAGAUGGAAAAACUCAAUCACCAGGGUGAAUUGAUGUUAAAAAAAGCUACCGAUGAAACUGACAGAGAUAUUAUACGAGAACCACUGACAGAACUCAAGCACCUCUGGGAGAAUCUGGGUGAGAAGAUUGCCCAUAGACAGCAUAAGCUAGAAGGUGCUCUCUUGGCCCUGGGCCAGUUCCAACAUGCCUUAGAGGAACUAAUGAGCUGGCUAACACACACUGAAGAGCUGCUGGAUGCUCAAAGACCGAUAAGUGGAGACCCAAAAGUCAUUGAAGUUGAGCUUGCAAAGCACCAUGUUCUAAAAAAUGAUGUUUUGGCUCAUCAAGCCACGGUGGCAACAGUCAACAAAGCCGGCAGUGAACUCCUGGAGUCUAGCGCUGGAGAUGACGCUAGCAGCCUGAGAAGCCGCCUGGAGACCAUGAACCAGUGCUGGGAAUCGGUGCUGCAGAAGACAGAGGAGAGGGAGCAACAGCUGCAGUCCACGCUGCAGCAGGCCCAGGGUUUCCACAGUGAAAUUGAAGAUUUCCUCUUAGAACUCAAUAGAAUGGAGAACCAACUUUCUGCAUCUAAACCUACAGGAGGACUUCCUGAGACUGCUAGAGAACAGCUUGAUACACAUAUGGAACUACAUUCCCAGCUGAGAGCCAAGGAAGAGAUUUACAAUCAGUUGCUUGACAAGGGCAGGCUUAUGCUCCUCAGCCGUGGUGACUCUGGGUCUGGCUCAAAAACAGAGCAGAGUGUAGCGCUCUUGGAACAGAAGUGGCAUGCGGUCAGCAGUAAGGUGGAAGAGAGAAAGUCAAAGCUUGAAGAGGCCCUCAGCCUGGCAACAGAAUUCCAGAAUUCCUUGCAAGAAUUUAUCAACUGGCUUACUCUAGCAGAGCAGAGUUUAAACAUCGCCUCUCCUCCCAGCCUGAUUUUGAACACUGUUCUUUCCCAGAUAGAAGAGCACAAGGUUUUUGCUAAUGAAGUAAAUGAUCAUCGAGACCAGAUCAUUGAACUGGAUCAAACAGGGAACCAGUUGAAGUUCCUUAGUCAGAAACAGGAUGUUGUCUUGAUCAAGAAUUUGUUGGUUAGUGUGCAGUCUCGGUGGGAGAAGGUUGUGCAGCGGUCUAUUGAAAGGGGUCGGUCACUGGAUGACGCCAGGAAGCGGGCAAAGCAAUUCCAUGAAGCUUGGAAAAAACUGAUUGACUGGCUAGAAGACGCAGAGAGUCAUCUGGACUCAGAACUGGAGAUUUCCAAUGACCCAGACAAAAUCAAACUUCAGCUUUCUAAACAUAAGGAAUUUCAGAAAACUCUUGGUGGCAAACAGCCUGUGUAUGAUACCACAAUCAGAACUGGCAGAGCACUGAAAGAAAAGACUUUGCUUGCUGGUGAUACUCAGAAACUUGACAACUUGCUAGGAGAAGUCAGAGACAAAUGGGAUACUGUCUGUGGCAAGUCUGUAGAGCGACAGCACAAGUUGGAAGAAGCCUUACUGUUUUCAGGCCAGUUCAUGGAUGCUUUGCAGGCUUUAGUUGACUGGUUGUACAAGGUGGAGCCACAGUUGGCUGAGGACCAGCCUGUACAUGGGGACCUUGACCUCGUCAUGAACCUCAUGGAUGCCCAUAAGGUUUUCCAAAAAGAACUGGGAAAGAGAACCGGCACAGUUCAGGUCCUGAAACGAUCAGGCAGAGAACUGAUUGAGGGCAGCAGAGAUGACACCACGUGGGUAAAGGGGCAGCUCCAGGAGCUUAGCACUCGCUGGGACACGGUGUGUAAACUCUCUGUUUCCAAGCAAAGCCGGCUUGAGCAAGCCUUAAAACAGGCAGAAGAGUUUCGGGACACGGUCCAUAUGCUGUUGGAGUGGCUUUCUGAAGCAGAACAAACACUUCGCUUUCGAGGAGCCCUUCCUGAUGACACGGAGGCCCUACAAUCUCUCAUUGACACCCAUAAGGAAUUCAUGAAGAAAGUAGAAGAAAAGCGGGUAGAUGUGAACACAGCAGUGGCGAUGGGAGAGGCCAUCCUGGCUGUCUGCCAUCCCGACUGCAUCACGACCAUCAAGCACUGGAUCACCAUCAUCAGAGCUCGAUUCGAGGAGGUCCUGACGUGGGCAAAGCAGCACCAACAGCGCCUGGAAACUGCUCUGUCAGAACUAGUGGCUAAUGCUGAGCUCCUGGAAGAACUUCUGGCAUGGAUCCAGUGGGCUGAGACCACCCUAAUCCAGCGGGAUCAGGAGCCCAUCCCUCAGAACAUAGACAGAGUUAAAGCUCUUAUCACUGAGCAUCAGUCAUUUAUGGAGGAGAUGACACGCAAACAACCUGACGUGGACAGGGUCACCAAGACAUAUAAGAGGAAGAGUGUAGAACCCACCCAUGCACCUUUCAUGGAGAAAUCCCGCAGUGGUAGCAGAAAGUCCUUGAAUCAACCCACACCUCCCCCCAUGCCAAUCCUCUCACAGUCUGAAGCAAAAAACCCACGAAUCAACCAGCUCUCUGCCCGGUGGCAGCAGGUGUGGCUGUUAGCCCUGGAGCGUCAGCGGAAGCUGAAUGAUGCCUUGGACAGACUGGAGGAGUUGAAAGAAUUUGCCAACUUUGACUUUGAUGUCUGGAGGAAAAAGUAUAUGCGUUGGAUGAAUCAUAAAAAAUCUCGAGUCAUGGAUUUCUUCCGGCGUAUUGACAAGGACCAGGAUGGGAAGAUAACACGUCAGGAGUUUAUCGAUGGCAUUUUAGCAUCUAAGUUCCCAACCACCAAGUUAGAGAUGACAGCUGUGGCCGACAUUUUUGACAGAGAUGGGGAUGGCUACAUUGACUACUAUGAAUUUGUGGCUGCCUUACAUCCCAACAAGGAUGCCUAUCGGCCAACAACUGAUGCAGAUAAGAUUGAAGAUGAGGUCACAAGACAAGUGGCUCAGUGCAAGUGUGCAAAAAGAUUCCAAGUGGAACAGAUUGGAGAGAAUAAAUACCGGUUCUUCCUCGGCAAUCAGUUUGGAGAUUCUCAGCAGUUGCGGCUGGUCCGUAUUCUGCGCAGCACUGUGAUGGUCCGAGUUGGUGGAGGAUGGAUGGCCCUGGACGAGUUUCUAGUGAAAAAUGACCCCUGCCGAGCACGAGGCAGAACUAACAUAGAACUUAGAGAGAAAUUCAUCCUGCCAGAAGGGGCAUCUCAGGGGAUGACUCCAUUCCGGUCACGGGGUCGAAGAUCCAAACCAUCUUCCCGGGCAGCUUCUCCCACCCGCUCCAGCUCAAGUGCUAGUCAGAGUAACCACAGCUGUACAUCCAUGCCUUCUUCUCCAGCCACCCCAGCCAGCGGGACCAAGGUUAUUUCGUCAUCAGGCAGCAAGCUGAAGCGACCGACACCAGCUUUUCACUCCAGCCGAACAUCCCUUGCUGGUGACACCAGCAACAGCUCUUCCCCAGCCUCCACAGGUGCCAAAGCCAACCGGGCAGACCCUAAGAAGUCUGCCAGCCGUCCUGGGAGUCGGGCUGGCAGUCGGGCCGGCAGUCGAGCCAGCAGCCGGCGAGGAAGCGACGCCUCUGACUUUGACCUUCUAGAGACGCAGUCGGCUUGCUCAGACACUUCAGAGAGCAGUGCUGCCGGGGGCCAGGGCAGCUCCAGACGAGGGCUCACCAAACCGUCCAAAAUCCCAACCAUGUCUAAGAAGACCACCACUGCCUCCCCCAGGACUCCAGGUCCCAAGCGAUAACACUGUACAAGCGCCCCACACCACUAUCCACUUUGAAUCCUGCUCCAUACAUUGGGUGUAUAUUUAUUCUGAACGGGAGAAGUUAUAUUGUUAAAAUUGUAAAAGAAGAAUUGUGUUAUGAAGCUGCCUUAUUUUUUUUUCCUUUUUGUAAGUUACUAUUUUCAUGUGAAUAUUUAUGUAGAUAAAAUUUGCUUCCUGGUAACCCUGUAACAGAUAGGGCCCAGAGAUGAAAUAUUUGAGGAAAACAAAAGGUCAAGACGCAAAUGUGUAUUAAAAAGAAAAGCCUCUAAAUAGGGUUUCAUGUGGUGCAGGGUUAUAAACCUGCUUUAUCUUUUAGGAUUAUUCCUAAAUGCAUCUUCUUUAUAAACUUGACUUGCUAUAUCAGCAAGAUAAAUUAUAUUAAAAAAAUAAGAAUUCCGAAGUGUUUAAGGAACUCUUCUUUCUAAAUCACAGACACCUCAGUUAGCGAGAAUUAAGGAGCGGACACUUAAGAUUGCAUUUCCAUUGUUUUACUGUUGUGUAAUUUUAGCUGAAGAGACAGAACCUCAUCUAGAUAGCUUUUGCACAUGAUAUAGCAAAGAGUUCAUUGCAAUACUGUCUUAACAUAAUGUCUCAAUACUGGGUGUUAAAGGGCGCAUAGCUGCUAGGAUUCAGGGGUAAAGGAAACUUCAGAACAUUGGGGUUUUAAACUGAUCUGUAACUAACUGUCCAACCCAGCCCUCAGUGACUCCUGUGCUCACCAGGCCCCAGGCCCUGGUGAGGGGGACUCCUUGGUGGCACUGUGAAUUACAGAUUUGCUGAUCUGCUUUUUUUUUUUUUCUAUUUAUUUAAAUGGUCGAUCAACCUACCAUAAACUGAGGAAUGAAUUCCAUAAGCCCAGUUUGAAAUGUGGACCUAAAACACUUGCUCAUCCUUUAACGGAGUUCACCAGCACACCUGUUCACCAGUCCCGUUUGCUUCCGUCUUUUUUGUGUGUAAUAAAGUCAGCUGACCAAGUGACCACAGAGGGGCUGUCUGGGGCUCCUGUUUUUUAGCUGCUGUUCCUUGUCAGCUCUGACCAUGUUGCUGUGUGAUUAUCUCAAUUGGUUUUAAUUGAGGCAGAAACUGAAGCUCUACCAAUGAACUGUUUAAAAACAAGACACACUUUUGUAUUAAAAUUGCUUGCAGUAACAA